AUGGUUCUCUUCAAGCGCAAAGCCGUCUUCUAUCUUCCGGCCCCAGACAUCGAAGAUGACAAUGACGAAAUCUGGUUCGUGCCGCCCACCGGCGAGGUCUUCACCACAUAUGAUGCUUAUUGCCAGCGCAUGGACUGGUAUAAGCAGAAGAGGUUCACAUGCGAGGUCUCUGGUCGCAGUGGGAUGACCUUCUUUGACGCGCUCCGAAGUGAGUCGGCAGGCUCCAGGGAGGUCGAACAAGCCUUCCCCGACGCGCUCAAAGGUCCGGUCCUCAAGAGAGUACAAUUCUCCACCACAUCUAGGAUAGACAACUUGGUUGAUGAAGUCUUCGAUGACUUCAAGACAGACUUCUAUCCCGGCGAGAUAGUGACGGUCAUAUUGGACGACUCGCAGCGCCUGAAUGGUCGGGUCCGGGAUAAGGCCAAGUUCGCGGAACAGCGGGACCCCGACGGCACCGUCAAGCGCAAGGCAUUCGCGCGAUACUUUGUUCGCCUCAUCGAAAGGCCUGAUGAGGAAGCACUUGUCGACGAGGAACACAUCACUCGAGAUCGUAAGAUUUUCACCAAGCAGAUGUUGCGUUCCUUCAUCAAGAACUGUGUGACUCGCGAAGCAUGGACCGGAGCACCGUGGCUUGUCAAGUUAGAUAUCGCAGAGCGGUUCCAUAUCACCACUCAAGUACCUCGACAUCUGCAGCGAAGCUGGAAGGUCGCGGAGAAGAAGGCUGCUCGCAAAGCCGAGCAACAGCAAGCACAAGGAGUCCCUCCCAAUUACACUCCCGAGCAGAUGUAUGCCAUGCAACAAAAUGGUAUGUACCAGGGCUAUCAGCGAGCUGCACAUGGUGAUCCAAAUUGGGCGGCUCACUCAUGGCACACAGCACACGGUCUUCCAUACAACUAUGCAGGACCACCACCUCCUCUGCCUGGCAUGCCAAAUCCUGGCUACUAUGGUCCGAAUGGCUAUCAUUCGAUGCCGAUGCCUCCCCCGAGAAAUGCAGGUCCUCCGCCGCCUCCUCCGAUUAAGUAUCCGAUAGACGAUAUGGAGAUCGCUCCGAAGAACGACGGCGCUCAGCGACCUCCACUUAAAUUCGUGACCGAGUCGCAAUGCAGAGAUGGUUCAGACAGAAGUGGAGUGCUCGAUGGCGUUCAGGAAGUCACUGUGUCUCGAUUACUGGAGAUCUGGAAUACUCUUAAUGUCUACUGCCAAGUCCUCAAACUCGAUUCCUUCACAUUCGACGAUUUCGUGGAGGCAAUGCAGUUCUCUUCCGACGAAUUUGACUGUGAACUGCUCAGCGAGAUGCACUGUGCUGUGCUCAAGCAGCUUGUAAAUGCCGAAAAUCAGCAAAACGGUGCCAUCCAGAUCUCACUUCCAGAUCUUCCAGAUCCAAGCGACGACGAGGACGAGGAGGAAGAAGAGCCCGAGACUCGAGAGCCUUCGCCAUCUCCUGAACCCGAAGUGCCAGCUCGCCGUACCCGUAGCAGCCUCAACAAGGUGCAGAAUGCUGAGCCGGAUCAAGAAGAGCUAGGCAAUGGCGAAGUUGAGAAAGUCAGUCGAGCCGCCGAGAUGUUCGAUGAAUAUUCGUGGAUUCAACGUUUGCGGAAGCGAGACUUCAGAGAAGGUGGCUGGGAGCUGGUCAUGGUCGGACUCCUACACCAACUCGCUGGAAAUCCGCGCCUGACAGAACAGUGCAACAGCGUUCUGGCUCAUCUCGCACCUCUGGAUGCCGAACCAAUCAUCGACACUGUGCGGCUGCAGUAUUCGACUAUGAAUGUCAAUCUGCGCGUACAGGCUCUGCAUAUUAUCAUUUGUCUGUUCAUGGAGACCAAAGUGGUGAAGACCUUCCUGGAGGACAUGUCCAACACUAUGACCGAGUUCCGCAAGGUCAAAAUCGCUCAUCAGCGAGACCGAAAGGAUGCAUUGGCCAAGCUCAAGAACCUUGACAUCGAGCGCAAGCUUCAAGCCCCAACGCCAGAGAAGUCGCCUACCCCGAUGCCAGAGCUUGAGGAGGACGGUAUGGACCUUGACAAGACCGAAGACAUUGAAUCUAUUCCCGACUCCGAAGACGAUGACCCGGUCCCAAGCCGAACUUUGCGUCGCGGAAAUGAUCGUGCUGCAGAGCGUAAGCGCAAGCGAGAAGAAGAGGCCGAUCGCAAAGCCAGAGAACAGGAAGCCAAGCAGAACAAAGGCACCAAAGAGUACCAAAAGAUCCUGAAGCAGAUUGACAAGGAGCGAGAGCGUAUCGAGAUCGCGGACGACGCCAUAGCAAUCGUCGACGAAGACCUCCGCCAGGCUGACUGCACUCGAACCCGAGUCCUCGGCAAAGACCGCUUCUGCAAUCGAUACUACUGGUUUGAGCGCAACGCCAUGCCUCACGCUGGUCUGCCCGAGAGCUCAACCGCCGAUGCUAACUAUGCGAACGGCCGUCUCUGGGUGCAAGGUCCCGACGACCAGGAGCGCAUCGGCUUCAUCGAUGUGUCACCAGAAGAGCGAACCAACUACAAGAACUCCUUCAAAGUCACACCUGCUGAGCGCAAAGAACAAGAAGAAGGUCCAACACAACUCCACACCGCCCACCAGUGGGGUUUCAUCGACGAGCCCGAAGACCUCGAGAAGCUGAUCGAAUGGCUCGACGUCCGUGGCGUGCGCGAGCUGAAGCUACGGAAGGAGUUGAGCGCCCAGUCCGAUCUCAUCAAGACGUACAUGCUGAACCGCAAGCUGUACCUCUUCCCGCCAGAAGCCGCUGAUAGCCUCGAGCCGGACGAUCAGCCCGUGAAGCGUAUGGCGACACGCAAGAAAACGUACCUUUCGGAGCCGAUCGCGAGAUGCACGCGUUGGCAGAACACCAUGGCCUUGGAGGAAUUGGGUCAUAAGCAUACUGAUCCGCCGCCAAUGAAGAAGGGACGCGGUGCAUCACGGAAGGGUGGCUCUAGUGGUUCUCAAAUCGCUGCGGCACAGCCUGUUGAGGUGUCGGUUCCGAGGAAGACCAGAGGUCGCCAGAGCAGUGAGGCGCCGCAGCCACGGAGUCGCGGUGGGAGACUUGUGGGAAAGCCGUCGCGCUUUGACUGA